GAAAGCUUGGUCAGUGUGUAUAUAAAGUGCAGCUCAGCUCAGAGCUCAGAGCAGAUCUGACUGAUUUACUGACUGUGUGACUGCGCAGGAAACUCAGAAAUCUCCAGCAGGGCUUAGAGACAGAGACCAGGUGAGAACAUGGCUGGAGUGGCAGUUCUACAGCAUGAAAUCAUGGCUGGAGUUGGGGAUCUACAGCCGGAGGGCGCAGAUGAAGGCAACAGCACAGUGUGGAUCGGAUUCAUGGACAUAGUUCCUGUCAUCGGGGCAGUAAAAGAGUCAGUGGAGUUUGUGCUGGCUCUGUAUGAAGGGAAUAGUGAGGAAAUAAAAGAGAAAGAAAAGGCCCUUGACGAUAUCGUGAUGCAGUUGACCCAAAGCGGGUAUAAAGCAGCAGCAGCAGACACAACAAAAUGUUAUAAUGUGAAAGAGGUCCCAAUGUUGAAGAUUAUUGAACAUAUGAUGGAAGGUUCCAGAAACCUAAACUUAACUUCAGCUCAAAAAGUAGCAAGAUGGAGAAAAGCGGAGGAGAUUCGGAGGGACAUGGAACAAAAGUUAAGAAACCUCAAUCAACUGUUGCCUGAGCAGCUGAGGGAACAACUGACAAGGUCAGAAAAAGGAGAACAUGUGUUCAACAAUAACAUCCUUAAAUUUCAUUUGAAGGUGCUGCGUGAUUUUAUAAAGGGUCCAAAUAAAAUUUAUUCACUUCGAGGAUAUGAGUCGAUAGAACAGACACUAAAUGAAUUAGGUAAACACACACUUUCCCCGCAUACAGCAGGAGAUAUUCAGACAAACAUGGUGGUUCACUUUGAUUCUGAUGAAGUCUAUGUGAAUGCGAAUGCAAUAACAUAUGGCAAAUUUAGCAGAGCGCUGCGUGAGGCUUUUUCAAAUGUGCUGGGCUUCCAUGAUCCCGAGGAUCAGCAAAUAAAGGAGGCAGAAAAUAAACAAUGGUUGACUCUUAUUGUAGAAUAUAUGAACAACAAUCAAAUCUAUGUGGAUCAAUAUGCAAAAGUGAAAUGGAUCGGUAAUAAUCAGACACGACAGAGGCGGUUUGAGGAGGUCAGAGAUGAAGUGGCCAACAUGUACAGCACAGGUCGUGGUUUAAACUGGUGCGCUGACAUCAUGCGUGUAGUUGAACCAUUGUUUAAUAGCAAGUAGUUCAUGGUUGCCAGGUCUUGAACUAUCCAUCAUAAAACCAACAAACUCGAAAACAGCUUAAACAGAUGGAGAGUGAUUUUUUUUACUUUGGCAGCCCUGCUCUUUAAAUAAAACAUCAAGAUGUUAUAAAUGAACAUUGUUGGUUUUGUUUGGUUUUGUUUAAAGAGCCAAAGUCUUUAUGAGAAUCAGCUGAAAAACAAACCUGGUGUCAUUUAACAGUUCUGGAGGAUUAAUUACUUACUUACUUAUUUUAAUUCAGCACUGUUUGUAUAUUUGGGUGUGGAUUAAGUUUAUACUACAGAUAUAUAUAUUAUUAGUAAAGAGUCUGUAGCUCACAGUCUGUAGUUCAUCACCCUCACUGUUACUCACUGUUACUGUAAAGGAGCUUCAGUUUUCAGAUGAUGCAGGUUGACGCUUUUAUCUUAUUAUUCUGUUCAUAUUCGAGAAAACACAGUGAUUGUAAACGAAUAACUGGUUUAAUACGUAAGGAGAACUUUACUUGUACUGUUUUGUUUUCUGUAAAAGCAGUGACGUCUUACUGACCUGAGUGUUGGCAUGACAACGUAGUGAGUGAAUAAAAAACUGUAUUAAAGUGUUUUAAAUUCACAAA